AAUUAGCGUAUCAAAAUCCCUAAUUAAAGUGGAUCGGCAGAGAAGGACAUCACCGAACAACGACAGUCAUGGGUAUCCAGAAGGAGCUUCUUCGUCCUGGAACCGGUCCUAAACCGGCUGUCGGUCAGACAGUCACCGUGCACUGUACUGGUUAUGGGAAAAAUGGUGAUCUCUCGCAGAAGUUUUGGAGCACAAAGGAUCCUGGGCAGCAGCCUUUUUCAUUCGAGAUAGGCAAGGGCCGUGUUAUAAAAGUUAAAUGCAUAAGGAUUGGGUUCUGGGAGUGCCAGCUAAAUUUUUCGGAGCAGGAGCAGGAUGGGAUGAAGGUGUACUUGGCAUGCAAGUGGGUGAAGUUGCUCGUCUACGGUGCUCUCCAGACUAUGCUUAUGGUCCCGGUGGAUUUCCAGCAUGGGGAAUACAACCCAAUUCAGAGCUUGUUUUUGAGAUUGAGGUCCUAAAUGCGAAAUAACUGCCUGGUAGGAGGCUGCAACUGCCUGAAAGAACAUAUGGGUGCUGGAAAUAACUUGUGUAGCCGUCGACAUGAUAUCUUUGUUAGUAUUGCCGACGUCUGCUGUGACUUUUAACAAACAAACGUAUCUGAGUAUGCCAUGUUAAUGCAAGUAUCUGACGUCUGCUGUGACUUUUAACAAACAUAUAUAUAUAUAUUUAUGUUUCAUGCA